UUGCAAGUAGAUUAAUCACCCAUUUUGUUUUCUUAAAAAUUCAUGAACUAGAAGCUACCAUUCAGUUUCGAUUAAGAGCCAUAAAUUCAAUUUUAAUUCACACCACAAGCCAUAUCAACCGAUAACCACACAAGACAUGACACGUGACAUAGCACCAGCCAAAGAUGUCAAAUUUACUCUUUCCCUCCAUUCAUGGCCUCUUAAUUUUUCCUCUCAAGAGCUGGGAAACAAGCACCCGUUUCUUCAACUUCCUCUGAUUAAGAAGAGGGCAGCCAUGGAAGCCGCUGGAGUUUCUUCCACCUCUGUUCCAUCUCUACACAUGCCAGCAACAAUCAACAAAACCCAAUUCAGCAAACCCCUGUUCCUGAAUUUCAAGUUUCAUUCAUUGCCCAUUUCAUCUUUCUCAUUAACUCAGAGAAACAUAUCAAAACCCAAGCUUUGCACCACCUUAUCAUCAUCUCCAGCAUCAACCGAACCCUUUAACCCACUUCAGCCAGAAAUUGAAUCUGAAAGUGAGCAGGAGAAAUUCGACUGGUAUUCACAAUGGUACCCACUUAUGCCGGUCUGCGACUUGGAUAAGAGGGUUCCUCAUGCCAAAAAAGUUCUGGGUCUUGAUGUUGUGGUGUGGUGGGAUAGGAAUGAGAAUGAGUGGAAAGUGUUUGAUGAUACUUGUCCUCACAGGUUGGCUCCUUUGUCUGAAGGAAGGAUUGAUCAAUGGGGCAGGUUGCAAUGUGUUUACCAUGGCUGGUGUUUCAGUGGCUCCGGUGACUGCAAGGUCAUUCCUCAGGCACCUCAAGAUGGCCCCCCGGUGCAUACUUUCAAGAAAGCAUGUGCAGUUGCUUAUCCAAGUGCUGUGCAUCAUGAUAUUGUGUGGUUUUGGCCAAACUCUGAUCCUAAGUACAAAGAUAUUAUUUUGAAGAAAAAACCCCCCUACAUCCCAGAAUUGGAUGAUCCUUCGUAUACUAAGUCCAUGGGAAAUAGAGAUAUUCCUUAUGGGUAUGAAGUGUUGAUUGAAAAUCUUAUGGACCCUGCUCAUGUUCCAUACGCACAUUAUGGAAUCAUGCGAACUCAGAAACCCAAGGUGAAAGUUGAUAGAGAAGGGGGCAGACCACUGGAGAUGACUGUUAAGAAACUUGAUGCAAAUGGUUUCAUUGGAAAGCAGGAGUGGGGCAGUAGCAAAUUCAUUGCACCCUGUAUCUUUUAUGCUUAUACCGAUCCUGUAGUUGAUCAAGGAAACGGUUCUGCAUCAUCAGCUCAAACCACAAAGGCACCAUCAACACAACGGAGAAUGGCUUUGAUUUUUCUUUGCAUUCCAGUUAGCCCCGGUAAUAGCAGAUUGAUAUGGUCCUUCCCUAGAAACUUUGGCAUUUGGAUUGAUAAAAUUGUUCCACGAUGGAUGUUUCACGUCGGACAAAACCUGAUCCUAGAUUCUGAUUUAUAUCUUCUUCACAUUGAGGAGCGAAAGAUAAUGGACAUCGGAGCUGCCAAUUGGCAAAAGGCUUGUUUUGUGCCUACAAAGUCAGAUGCUUUUGUGGUUGGUUUCAGAAGGUGGUUAAACAAGUAUGCUGGGGGUCAAAUUGACUGGAGAGGCAAAUUCACCGGAGCUCUUCCCCCAAUACCUCCUAGAGAACAGCUCAUGGACAGGUACUGGUCCCAUGUGGUGAACUGCCAGAGUUGCAAUGCUGCAUACAAGGGUCUUAACGCAUUUGAGGUCAUAUUACAAGUCGUGUCCGUUGCUUCAAUAGGGAUUGUUGCUGCAACAAAGCAAGGUUUCAUGUCAACCGCUGCCAGAACAACUGUGAUAUCGAUGGCUGUAAUAUGCUUUGCAGCUUCAAGAUGGUUGGCUCAUUUAAUCUACAAAUAUUUCCGUUUCCACGACUAUCAUCAUGCCCUUCGUUGAGCCACCGACUAUUUAAUCUGAUUCAGAAUUACAGAAUGUAAAUAUAACUUUAUAAGAUCC